AUGAGUGACGAUGAACGUAAAAGAAUGAUUAUUGCUUGUGGAACAGAUUUGCGACAGAUAAUCCCAGCGAUUGAUAACGAAUAUGGACUCUUAAAGGAAAGUCUUCAUAAACAUCGUCUUUAUCGUCAAUUCAUGAUAAAAAGGACGAAAGGAAUCGAACAAAUCGCUCAGAUUCAUGAAAAAACAAAAAUUAUCGGGGAGGAGAUCGAUAAUAUACGCCUCGAUUUAGGAAAAAUAAUUAAAUAUUUACGAAGAGAUUUAAAAGCUCGGGAACCACCUUCAUCGGACGAAGCCAUAACAUCCAAUGCAAGGAAUGCAUUGAGUGAAGUCGAAGAUCGAAAAAAUGCAAAACGAUUAAAAAUGCAAAUAGAUGAUGGUCAAACUAAGAGAAAAUCACCAAAACAAGAACCACCACGAUUGAUUUCAUAUGAAAAAGUUAUGCCAAAAAUAAGUAUGGAAGAAGUCACGCCACCACCACCAUCAUCACCAGCACCAUCAUCACCACCGUCAUCACCAUCACCACCAUUAUCAUUACCAUCAGAAAAUGUAUCAGCAAAGACCUUGAAACGAAGAGAUCGAUUACCGAAAGCAUUUGCAACUGCUAGUGAACAACUUGGUUACAGUGCACUGCUUGCUAUCGCAUGCAAAAAAAUACCUAUACCGAUCAAUUUUUUUGAACCUCUCAGUAUAUUGCAGGUAAUUUGUGAAGAACUAUCACAGGCGGGGCCAAUUCUAAGUAAAGCAUUAGAAAGCAAAGACCCGCUUGAUCGAAUGGCAUAUGUAGCUGCAUUCGCAAUUAGUGGCUAUUCGGGAAUGUCAACUGCUCGCCGAAGAAAACCUUUUAAUUCUUUACUUGGAGAGACCUUCGAAUACAGCUCUGCUGAUGGUUGGAGGUAUCAUUCAGAACAGGUAAGUCAUCAUCCACCAAUAUCAGCCGCUCACGCUGAAGGUCGGGGAUGGUCAUGGUGGCAAACAUUCUCACUAACGACAAAGAAAUAUCUGGCAAGAACUAUCGAAAACAUACCAGAACUACCUGUGCGCCUAAAGCUUGCUUGUGAAGAUUAUACUUGGAAUAAGGUCAAGGUAGUAUUAGAAAAUAUUGCGCAAACGCCUGAAAAAUGGCGAUUAAAGCUGGAUGGGACGAUGGUGAUUCAAUGUAGUAAUGGUACUUCAAGCGAAAUCUUUUUUGACAGAACUAAGGGAACAGCAAUCAGUGGUAUUAUCUCGAAAAACAAUAAAACAAUAAAGCUAGUCGGUUUUUGGGACAAAUAUCUUCAAAAAGAUGGCGACGGAAAAUUCUUGUUCGAGACAGUUCCCCUUGAUUAUGAUGGAGACAAUUGUUACGGGUUUUCGAAAUUCGCAUGCAGUUUAAACGACUUGGCAACAGGAGAAGCGCAAACUUUACCACCCACUGAUAGCCGACUUCGACCUGAUAUCCGUUUUCUUGAAUUUGGUGAGCCAAUAAAAGCUAGCGCCGCAAAAUUUGCGCUUGAAGAGCAACAAAGAACACGAGAUAAAUCGACAUACGAACCAGUCUGGUUCCACAAAAAAGAAGAUUUAAUGACGCACAAUUUUUUGUGGAUAUCAAAUGGAAAAUACUGGAGAGAAAGAGAAAAUAAUUUCCGCAAUUCAAAUUCGCCAGAAUUAUUUAGCACUUUUUCCAAUUAA